CUCUCUGUGUGCAUCCCAUUCUCCUGCUCCGUCGAGCCGUCGACUAUGAAACCCGCUCGCUGGCAGAAGCACAGGCUGCUGCGCUGUGGAUUGUCACUCUCUUCGUGAACAACCCCCAUCAACCGGCACCGUGAAAAAAAAAAAAGGGAGUGUCCGCGACGAACGAACGAACGGACCGACGGACGGACCGACGGACGGACUGACGACGACCGGGCCGCCAAGUCUGGCUCAAGGAUCGGAGUUCUCUGAUUUUCUUCGAGCCACGGACCGAUGCGAAUCGCUGCGCGAGUCCGCUAUUAUGGAUGAUGGUUGAUCGGACGUGCUCGACAGGACUAUGGAAUCUGACCCCGUCACGCUGCCAGCAAGAGACGGGAAUCAUAGCGAGCAGCAAUGCUCUCGUGCGUGCAGCCCAGAGCGCAGGGCAAGUGGCCCGGGUCCCCGCAGAACUCGCCCUCGCCGUGUAGCUGGCUGCGGCUCUACCGCGUGGCAUGCUGAAGAGGGGAAAAAGGAUCCUCAGCUUAAUGCCUUUAGCAGGCUUCCUAGAGACGUCAUCGAACGGAUCCUCUACACGGUGGAUGCAAAUGUCUUCGCCUCUCUCGCGUUGCUCAACAGGAAAUGGAGAGAGAUUUCCACUUGCUCCAAGCUUUACCAUCAUCACCUCCUGGGCUGCCGUACCCCAGGCUCUGCUAGCCAUGACCCUGCUUCGAGCCUGUCGGCGUCGGAUGACAUCAAAACUGUAAGAAGCAGAUUUACACGCGAAGCAAGGAGGAAUGCCUUUGAUGUGUUCCUUCGGCCAAGGCGGACGUUAGUAAAUCUGAUUUCGGUGUCAGCUAGUUCGUCGUCUGCAUUUCCACAGGGGGAAGCUUUUCGCUUCGAGUUUUCUGCGAAAGGCCGGCAGCUGCUCGCGCUUAGUUCCUCAAGGAUCUUUGUGAUCGACCUGACCAUGGACCCGAUCUCAGUACGUCACGAGCUGAAGACGAUGCGUCGCCCUCUCAUAGCCACCAUCGCCGACGAAGGGACCGUCUUGGCCAUGGUGUCCUCGGAGCACCAGGCACACAUAUAUACACUCGCAGACGGCGGCACCGCACGUCUGGUGCAAAGCAUAGGAUUGAGCGAUGUACCCCGUGCGCUUGCAUUCUCACCAGAUGCAGCAAUUCUCGCUGUUGCUUAUGAUGGAGGCAUCGAAGUCUACGCCAUCGGAGAGGACGUUCUGUCCACUGCUCGCAGGGCCGUCAGAUGCGUCGGCGUGGAUCUCCUAACUUUUUGCUGUGACGGAUCAAUGCUGCUCGGAGCUUCCAAUAAUCUACGGAACUCCAGCUUCGUCACCAUCUCCCCCCCACUGUGCAAUGAUCCUGACGUUGAUCUCUCAGUUCGAGAGUUAGAGAGCCGACUGUGGACCACCCAAAUUCUAUUCCCACAGGUGCAUGAAGGCUAUAGCCAUGCAGUGUUGAUUCCAUCCAUAAAAGGAGGUGACGGCUCGCCGUGGUUUGCCGGGUACAACAUUGAGUCGAAAGCGUUUUGCCUAGCCCCGAUCGAUAGCCCGAAUGCAGAGGCGAUAUAUUUUGUGGGACCGGGACCGGAUUCUGACAGGGAUGAACCGAAACCCUACAUCUUCCCCGCUGCUAGCGGGAACGGGGAGCUCCUGGCUGUGGGAUUCUGGGAAUCCGAACUGUGGGUCUAUGGAAUUCCGAAUAUGGAGAGCCACGCAUCAACCGAUUCAUCGCUAGGGGACGCUGCGGAUGGCCAAGAAAAAGUCCCGGUUUGGAAAUCGGGAUCGGUCGCAACAAAUUUCAAUCGUCUCAAGAAAACCAUCGACGGGGCGAAAACCUUCGUCCAUGGAACCUCUUUGCGCCUUCUAGGCGGUAUUUCGGCCAUCAAAUGGGUUCAUGACCAGGGCUCGGGAGAUACCAUGUCUCGUAAACUCUGCAGGCUAGCAGCCGUAGCCCCUGGCGGGGUCAGCUCAUGGUUGGGUGCAGCAACUGGAGACAUGCUACCAAUCGAUGGCGGAAGAAUCCUGAUAUACGACUUUGAAUAUUCUCCGUCGAACGGCAAGGAAACCGAGAUAACGAUCGAAUUGGGAGAGGUAGAGCCCACCAAGUUACCAGAACCAGGCUCGAAUCUAGCCCAGCAGGUCGAGCUUGAAAGGAGAAGGACCCAUAUGAACCGUCGACGUGGGCUUGGUGGCUGUCGCGAUCCGUCCUCGAUGAAUCCGCCGCGCGGACCGUGGCGCAACCAGCGCUUGCAACCUACUUCACCUGCAAACGAAGGCGAGGAUUUUGCGCUGAUAGACAACCCUUAUAAUAAUUCAUCGCCACGGUCUAGGGAUACGAUAAACAGAGCGUCGGCUGCUACAAAUCGCCUUGAUCCACGAUACAGUAAUGCCCGGCAGGUACAAUCGGACGGUCGAAGGUUUCGAUAUCUUCCGCAUGAGAGCGAUGCAGACAAUUGGGUGCCACCACCGCCGCCGUAUACGCCGAAUGCUGAAGCUCCGCUGCCAGAGCACUUACGAAGAACCCUCUUGCCGGCUGCGACCGAGCCGACUCCCAGAAACGAUGUAGGCCGCAAUCAACUGCGGCGCUCAAGGACGUCCCGCUUAGAAUCUAUGGCGCAGUCGGUUAUCCAUCGUUCCUCGACAAGAGUAAAUCGCAAUUCGAACACUCUCUUGCAACCUCCCGAUACUUCUCCAACUCCCCGCCCGCCCCUCCCGAUGUUGAACACAAAUUAUCGUGCGUCAAAUUAUUCCGCACGUAGCCCCAACACAGCAUCGCCAUUACAGAACGCUCCAGUUCUACUAUCAGAACCACAUAACGCGAAUAGCCAGAGUGCUCCCGCGUCACAACAGACCACGCAGUUCCGCCCUUCCUCGCACACGAUUGCCGGUCAGGCUUCUACCUCCACUACAAGUCACCAAGGGCCCAUGCAGGCCAGAAUUCAAAAUCAGAACGCAUCUCUUGUACCUCCCCCCCCUCACACCGCACCGCUUACCCGAAAUGCUCUCAAUAUGCGGUCCCUCCCACCCACUCCGGUCGAGGCUGAAACCCGUAGAAGCUGGUAUAAUACUCGACCACAAGCCAAUAACUUGCAUCACGGCUCUCCUCACCCUCGCCCGGCAUCACAUGGUAAUCCGGUGGCGAGUAGUUUGCGCGUACAUCAGCGCAACAAUCUUGCCCUAAGCGCGGACCAUGUGUUAGCCGCCAGAAGCCACGGUGUCCAGAGAUCCCGCUCCCGUUCGCAAGACGCAGGGAGGCUCAUGCCUCUGGCCAACUACGGUCUUCGCGAUAGACGUACCGGAAGGAAUGUUUUGGGUUCACAGUCGAGCGAUUGGCUGAGUGAGGGAGGUAGUCAAGGUGGGAGGAGGGACGGCAAAUGCGCUGUGAUGUGACGCAGGGGCACCAGUUACAAGUUUUGCCUUCAAUUACUUAAUCUUUGGUGCGAUGUACGCAUAUGUAUAUACUUUUAUGGUCUUACUGAUUUGGUAUUUGCUUCUUGCGAGUUUAAUUGGGGAUUCAAAGAGGCGUUUGGAGAAGAAGGAUGUAAGGGGCCAGGCUAAGGCCUCACGGACGUUUUAUUUGCGAAAAUGGUCAGUUUUAGUUGCGCCUUCUGAUAUGAUAUUGAUGACGAUAUGAAUGCGUCUUUGGGAAGA